GUGGACCGACUACAUCCCGCUGGGCAGGAGGAUGCCAGGCACUCGCUUCAUCGCCUUCAAGGUCCCCCUGAAGAAGAGUUUUGAUCAGAAUCUUUCUCCAGAGGAGAGAUUUUCCCCUCGUGACCUCAUCAGGAAGAUCAGAGAGAGGAAGGAAGAGCUGGGGCUGAUCAUCGACCUGACCUACACCACGCGCUACUACAGGCCAGAGGAGCUCCCAGCCACACUCUGCUACUCCAAGAUCUGGACGAUGGGACACGAAAUUCCCAACAAACAGACCAUUUUUCAGUUCAAAUGUGUGGUCAAGCAGUUUCUGAAUAACAACAAAGACAAUGAUAAACUUAUCGGGGUUCAUUGCACACAUGGCCUGAACAGAACUGGCUACCUGGUUUGUAGGUACCUGAUUGAUGUGGAAGGCAUGGAGCCAAAUGCUGCAAUAGAGUUGUUCAACAAAUGUCGAGGGCAUCCCAUAGAGAGAACCAACUACAUCCAGGAUCUAAGGUCUCUACCUGUGAAAAU